AUGGUCUGGCACGAAGACGCCGUGCCAAAUUAUCAUGAUGAGUCUGCGGCAUUCUGGAGCUGGUCUGUGCCCCUGAACGAAAGGGGAUCCCUCUUGUCGCGACAUUGCUUCAUUGGCUUGCCUUCCAGUCGCAUCUGCGCCAAAACACGAGAGGCAGUGCUGGCUGUGCUUGAGUGGGACCUGAGAUCCUUGAAAACUGGAUGUUUUGCAGAUCGCGACCAUUUGGACGUGGUUUUCCCAGAAAACAGCUUCAGGGGCAAGAGGGCAAAAACCCCGAUCAUGGGCGACAAACGUGCCAUCUUCUCGUGGUGGAAGGGUGACCAGGAAGCCCACAUGCUCAGCCACCGGUUGAGAAGGAAUUAUUUGACCAACAACUGUUGCGACCUUUGCCUUGCCCAGAAAAGACUUCGUGGCCUCACCUACGCUGACUUUACGAUGGCUGCCAACUGGCGACGUCAGAUGCAUGAGUUCCUGGGCAUGGCUUCUGACACACCGUUCGACAAUGUCCUGUUUACUUUUACUGCACGAGCCAAGCUGUGGGCUCGUGACCGUCGCCUGGACGUCCACAUCAAGCCGCUGACGGUGGCAUCGCUGGGCAAAUCGGACAGCGCCAACUACCCUGAGCUGUCGUCACGCAUCAAAGCAUCUCGAACGAGGAACUUGCUGGCGUUUGUGACACACUUUGCCAUUGACGUAGUACUUGAACUGCAUCAGCCAUAUCGCUUGUUUUCCUAA